GGGUUGGUUCCUCCUCUCCUCCUCUCCUCCUCCUGGGUUGGUUCUCCCUCUCCUCUCCUCUUCUCCUCCUCCUCUCCUCUCCUCCUCGGGGAGCUGCAGGCUCCUGAGGUUGAAGAUGGACACCUCCUGGAGUAACUUCCUCUUUCAGACUCCGGCUCAGGUUCAGGUGGAGGCGCCGCUCCAGUCCGAUCUGCUGCUCUCCGGUUCGGCCCCGUCGGCCGAGCACGCCGGCACGCCGCCGUCCACCGUGGACACCGCGGCCCUGAGCGAGGAGCCACUUCCUGUCAAGCUGCAGGUGAAGCCCGGCCGGCCCGCCCACAUCUGCUCCACCUGCAACAAGGAGUUCAAGAACAGCUACAACCUGCGGCGGCACCAGUCGGUGCACACGGGCAUCAAGAUGAAGGACCGCGUCGCCCGGGAGAAAGAGGACGGGGGCAAAGGGGGUCGGGUGGAGAAGCAGACCGUCCCGCUGUCCCUCCUCCACCUCGCUCUGCCUCCUCCGCCUCGCGCCGCCCCGGAGCCCCUCCCCCAGCACGCCGCCCAGGAGGCCCGGCCGCUCGCCGUGUCCGCGGCGCCGGCUAACGCGGCCGCGCCACCGCCGCCCAUCCAGGCGGCGGUGGUGGUGGUGGGCUCCGUGGAGCAGAACCCGAACCCCCACCAGGUGAGGAAGAACCACGCCUGCGAGGCCUGCGGGAAGGCCUUCCGGGACGUGUACCACCUGAACCGCCACCGCCUGUCGCACUCGGACGAGAAGCCGUACUGCUGCCCCGUCUGCCAGCAGCGCUUCAAGAGGAAGGACCGCAUGAGCUACCACGUGCGCUCGCACCAGGGCGGCGUGGAGAAACCCUACAUCUGUCCGCACUGCGCCAAGGCCUUCUCCCGACCGGACCACCUCAACAGCCACGUCCGACAGGUGCACUCUACAGAGAGACCGUUCAAGUGCACGACGUGCACGUCGGCGUUCGCCACGCGGGAUCGUCUCCGCGCUCACCUGAUCCGCCAUGAGGAGAAGGUGCCGUGUCACAUCUGUGGGAAGCUGCUGUCCGCCGCCUACAUCACCGACCACAUGAGGGUCCACAACCAGUCACAGCACCACGCCUGCCACCUCUGCAACCGCAGCUUCACCACGCUCACCUACCUGAGGGUCCACGCUCAGAAGCACCACGGCCAGGAGUGGAAGGAGAGCGGCGGGGCGCGGGGGGGCUUCGGCGGUACGGGUGCCGGCGGCGUGCUGCUCUGCCAGCUGUGCGGCGUGCAGUGCAAGACGGCCACACAGCUGCAGGGUCACAUGGGCACCCACGCCAACCAGGGCGACCCCGUCCCGGACCCCUCGAGCGCCGCCGGCGUGGCCGUCGCCGUGUCCAGCGCUAGCACGGUGGGACUGCUGGUAGCGGACUGCUCCGGCAUUGGGCCUCCGGCACACAGCUAGCACCCUGGGGGGGCGACUUCCAACCCAGAUGUGUUCUCGGACUGAGAGAAGCCUUUUCGCUCCUCUUACCUUAGUCAGCAGGCGGAAACAGCUGCACACACACACACACACACACACACACACACACACACACACACACACACACACACACACACACACACACCUUGGAUUCGAGCAGCCGAAGACGGGGAAGAGACGACAGGGAAACCUCCGAGAGCUCCGUGUGUUUGAUUCCCGUGGCUCAGCUGUUCCUCGUCGUUCUGUCGACUGACUUGCACAUUGUCAUGAUUUUGUAAAGUGUUUUUAGAUCAUUUAUAUUCCACGAUGUCCGUGUUUAUAAAAGCCACCGGCUGACGGGCCGCCAUGUAAAUAGACUUUUAUAUCCCCCCCACCCCCCCAUGGACAUUGAAUGAGCAUAACUCUGCUUCAUCUGGUGUUCAUAUGGUUUAUCUGGUCUUCAUAUGGUUCAUGUCUUCAUCUUCAUAUGGUCUUCAUGUGGUCUUCAUAUGGUCUACAUAUGGUUCAUGUCUUCAUCUUCAUAUGGUUCAUAUGGUCUACAUAUGGUUCAUGUCUUCAUCUUCAUAUGGUUCAUAUGGUCUUCAUAUGGUUCAUGUCUUCAUCUUCAUAUGGUCCAUAUGGUCUUCAUGUGGUUCAUAUGGUCUACAUAUGGUUCAUGUCUUCAUCUUCAUAUGGUCCAUAUGGUCUUCAUGUGGUCUUCAUAUGGUCUACAUAUGGUUCAUGUCUUCAUCUUCAUAUGGUCCAUAUGGUCUUCAUGUGGUCUUCAUAUGUUUACAUGGUCUUUAUACGGUCUUCAUAUGUUCUUCAUAUGGUCUUAUGGUCUUCAUAUGUUCUUCAUAUGGUUCUUAUGGUCUUCAUAUGGUCUUCAUAUGUUUACAUGGUCUUUAUACGGUCUUCAUAUGGUCUUAUGGUCUUCAUAUGUUCUUCAUAUGGUUCUUGUGGUCUUCAUAUGGGUCUUCACUGUCUCUGGAUGCUGAUUUUUAUUUCUUGGAGUUAUUGCUUUGUGUACUUUGUGGCCGUGCAUAUUGAUUGUACUUGAUGCGUACUGCAUAGCGCCUCGUUACUACUGUAUUAAAAAACUAACGAAUGCCAUCUUCAUGUACAUGUACUCUUCAUGUACAUGUACUCUUCAUGAACAUGUACUCUUCAGGUACAUUUACUCGAGUGCAGUACUGAGUUACACAUUUGAGAUACUUUUUACUUUACUUUACUUUUCUUUUCAUGCUACUUUGUACUUCUGCUUAACGAUGUUUAUCUGACAGCUUUAAAUACACAACAGUACACAGUGUACUGCAACCAUACUCAGUACACUGUGGUAUUAGUACUUGUACUAAAGUAAUAUUUUCAAUGCAGGACUUUUACUUGUCCAGUGUAGUAUUAACACUAGUACUAUUACUAGAGUAGCUGUUUCAAUGCAUGACUAACUUGAAACCAAGUAUUUGAGAAGUAGUAUUUGUAUUUUGUACUAGAGUUACAUUUUCAAUGCAGGCCCUCUACUUGUAACAGAGUAUUUGUACAGUGAUGUAUUGGUACUUUAGUACAAGUACCAAUACAUCACUUGUACCAAAGUAAAAUCUUCAAUGCCAGAGUUUUUCUUGUACAAGGAGUAUUUUUACAAUGAUGUACUAGUACUUGUACCUCAGUAAAGGUACUUGUACUUCAGUAAAGUAAAACACCCCCCAGCACAGUG